AUGGACAGGGGUAAGGGACAAAUGAUCGAGUCAUCUGCUGGUACAAGAGAGUUCAUUAAAUGGACUGAGGACAUGGAUGCUAGGCUUUUGCAUUCUAUGAUCGAGGAGAGUCGUUUGGGUAAUAGGGUUGACGGUAGUUGGACAACCCAAGCGUAUAAUAACAUGGUUCAAUACCUUCAUAGUUGUGGUUAUGUUAAUGUUAGUAAAAAUAAUGUAAAAAAUCGUCAAAAGGUAUUGAAAGACAGAUGGCGUGAGGUUCAUGACCUCUUUGGUGGAUUGAGUGGAUUCGCAUGGAACGCCGUUACUAUGAGAUUUGAAGCUGAGGACGAAGUGUGGGCUGAUCUCAUCCAGUCAAGGCCAACUGCAACCAAGUGGAGGGUUAAUAGCAUCAGACACUACGAUUUAAUGGUCGAUUUAUGGGCUGCGGAUCGAGCAACUGGGAGUGGUGUUCGGACCGCUCGUCAAGCGCGUCGUCAGCGGGUUGGGCCUCGUGUACAGGUUGAUUUGAAUCAGAAUAUGGACUACAUUCCUGAAGAGCCUAACUAUCACGAAUACAGAGACCCAACUCCACCAUCACCUCCUCCAUCCGUGGAUGAGUACAGUCCAGGGCAGACUCAAUCUGUGUCAUCCGGAGGAACUUCAUCCUCAUGA